CUUAUCUUAUGUUGGAUGCCAAAAAGGGGUGGUAGAUUCCUAGAACUGCUAUCACUUGUAUCAGCUAACUUUUUAUCGUCAAAGGCAGCAAAUUCUUUUUGAAACUUGCUCAUUAUUUCUGUACUAAAGUACCGAUUCUACCUCGUGAUACGUAUCUCCCAUCUGCAUCUCCCAGGCCUCGCCGGAGCCCUACUCGAGGUCUACAUAUACGCUACGACAACGUGCAGUGGCGCUGCAUGUGGCCAGGCAUCAUCCAUCCGCAUCCACCUACUAUUUGGGCGCCCUUGGGGCUCCAGUUCUCGGCAUAGCCCAGACUUGAGUCGAGUUCGCCCACGCCAGCGACGCAUAGUGGUCAAUGUAAUUGAGUUCAUCCGGCCAGUUGAAGUGAAGCCAGCAUGCCCUCUCUCAAGAAAGCAGCCUGUGAUUUAGCAACAGUUGUCCUGGCAACGCCUAUUGGCCAUGUGACAAUAACAGGAUGUGAAGUAGGUGUGCACAAGAUUUGUUUGACGGCAGCUAAAACAUUGCCACAACAGAGCACAAAGAUUGUUGAAGUACAUGAGGAGCCAAGCCAUUGGUCAGCUUCCUUGAAGGAGUGCUCUGAUUGGUUGAAAAAGUAUUUUGAAAAUGCAAACACAAUCAAGGGUCUUCCUCUUCCACCUCUUCACAUCACAGAAUUCAAAUCAGACUCUUUCUCAUCUCAAGUGUGGACAAAACUUGCAUCUGAUGUUCCAGCAGGGCAAACCGUGACCUACGGAGAGCUCGCCGCCAUGCUUGAUAAUCCUAAGGGGGCAAGGGCAGUGGGCGGGGCUAUGAGAAACAACCCCACCCCCUUGGUGGUGCCUUGUCACAGGGUGUUGGGGAGUGGAGGAAAGCUAGGGGGCUUCAUGUCUGAUAAAGGAAUUGUCCUGAAGGAGUGGCUCUUGAAACACGAAGGAGCCAGCUACUAGUACUAGAGUACUUUAAUGUUUCACCCAUUGGUAAAGUCUUGCGUUUUGUUCAUUUCUUUUAUGUUGCUGAUCCUAUUUUAGCACAGACUCGUACAUAUACUGCUAAGUUCGUGUUUGAAAUAAGUUUUGAUUUGUAGCAAUGCAGUCUCAUUUAAAGAUAUUUUUGUUCAUAACUCCAUGGUAGCAUUUUAGAGAAAUCCCAUCACGUUUUAUUUUGUAGACGUACUGUAAUAUUUUCUUUCUGUCUCUCGUAAGUUUGAAGUUGGUGGUGUGACUGAGGUUUGUACUAUGAAUCUUCUUGUUUUUACAUAAAAUUGACAGUUCAUGCCUACUCUUGUAUUGUUCCUCUCUUUCUUUCUUUAUUUCACUUUCUCUCUUCCCACCUCUUCUCUCUCUCUCCUCUUUUGCUACCCCCUCCCUUUCUCUCUGAUUAUUAUAACUAUUUGGCAUAGCUUUUGUCACUUUGAAUGAAUCACAUUUACCAUAAUUUAGUACGUUCUUGUUUAAAGGUAAUACAAAGUUUUGGUAUGGGGUCAUGAAUUUGGUUCCAAUGAACAUAUUGGAAGCAUAUGCGAUCCUACCACCAUCAGUGAUCGU